AUGAGCAACACGGCAGUGUUCGUUGUUUUCGUCUGCUUUCUUAUAGGACAUGGCGACAGUGCGACAACCGGCCGAUGUCCACACGAAACGAGCAAAAAGAUUCAAGGAUAUGGCUUUGGAUCACCUCGAAGGUGCCUGUCGCUGUUUAAUGCUGAUUUAAUGAUUAAUCCGGCGCUGAGGUCCUACGAGACGGUGGCGAAAACAUGUGAGGCUCUGAAAAAGGGUUCCAUCGCGUUCGCCGGCAAACACUUUAAGCCAGGUCAUUAUUGGAAAUUCCUGAAGGGAAGACAUGAGGCGCUGACGAUCCUGAACGGCUGGCGACUGGCGUCCGCGAAAUGGCAUCAAUUUGCCAAAUGUUCUGAUGACAAAAUCGGCUGCACAGAGAUUGCAAUUAAUCUGAAUAUCGCUGGUAAUCCUGACAACCAGCACAUCAUGCGCCUGCAUCAUUACUCAUACGAAAUAUCACUGAACGUCGACCUACGUCUCACGUAUGUGGAUUAUCUGAGAGUAAUCGCCACCAGCAUGGAGCAGCAGUUCUGUUCGUACUUGGUGAGGGAUGAGCGAACGAAAGAGUUUACCAAUGCCGCGACAUUCAAUUGCACCUCAUGGUCCUUCGGAUACUAUAUGUGUGAGAGCGAUCCGUAUGAUGACUGCAAAUUCACAAGCUCCGAAGUCUGCACGUAUGUCGCGACAGAAGGAAAGUGUUUCUUCAAGGAUCGUAUUAACGUUCUGGAGGCCGCCGAGCAGCCGUACGGUCGGUGUCCAGAAUCAAGACUCAGACUGGACAGUCCCUGCCUCUGUACAAGCUGCUCACGAACUCAUUGGCUUCCCUGGUCUACAUUCAAUGGCACCUGUGGAACCGUUUAUUCUAUCAGAUAUCGGUCACGGAAUGGCAUGGACCAAGCUGCAUGUCGAAAGGUCGACAUGAGACCAUACUGUUGUAACGAAACCCGUAUUACCAACCUGCAGGACUGUACGCCGGGUAAUCAGGUCAUUCUAACUUCAACUACCAAAAACUAA